CGAAGAGGAAUAAGAGAAGAAGAAGAAAAUAAAAUAAAAACACGCAAAAAUAUAAGGUACCUCCCAUACAUCGAAAUAGUCACGCGGUUACAUUCCUCGUCACGGGACUGUGUUCUACCGUGCUGUGCUGUGUCAUGCCCCUGUGUCACGUAGUGUACCAUACUAUGCCACACGGUUAACUUAACAGUGGACAUUACUCUGUCAUACCUUCAUCGUGACAUAAUGCGUCAAAUCGUGACAUACCAUUCUUGAGUCGCGUGUGCCAAGCUGUGCCGGACGAACAUCGUGUCACGCUGUGUCAAACUGCCAUUGUGUCACAUCCUCCUCCUUCACGUUUUCUUAACAUGUCAAACAGCUUGUCUCUAUAUUUGCGAAACAGAACCGAGGCGUGAACUCCCCGUAGAGUUUCCCGGCGAGAAGCGGCUGCCGGUGUUACAUUCCCUGCGUAACUAAAACCCUCCUGUCACGGGUUGGCACUGGCUCUGGUGACGUCACGCUCUACGUCAACGCUGGUCCCGCCGUGUUAUCCCCCGCCUGGUGCCCGUGGACGAAACAGCAAGCGAGGCACCCAGAGCCACUUCUCUCCCCCUCUCCCCCUCCCUCUCCCCUCUCCUUCUCCCUCUGCCUCUCCCUCUAUUCCACCCCCUAUCUCUGUCUCCCUCCCCCCCCGUGCCUCUUAUCUUUCAGGCUGUGCGGGCUUUCCGUGGCACUGUCCUCGUUCAGGGUAAGCCGACUAGUGCCAGUCGAGCAGUGCCAAGGGAAAGACAUUCGGAACGGAACUCACGAGACUUCCCUUUGUCCUUUCGCUGUCUGGAAGUGUCGGGUUCAGUGACAUUGGGUGUUGCGUCUCUCCUUUAGUUGUUCUUCCACAGACGGUCCCUUUCGGAGGCGAGUGAGACACUUGUGAACUGGAUUAGUUGCCGACAUUCCUUUGAGAGACUAGAGAAACGAAGAAAAAGUCUGACAGAGAGAAAUCGCUCGAGAACUUAGUUGCGUCCGUCAUGUCGCCAUCUUCUCUCCCGCUCAGAUGACCUUUGAACUUUGAGCCAUUUCGUGACUAGAAGAGCUUCUCACCGCACCCGCAUCCGCACCCGCACCCACCUGCACGCCAUGUCCAACCCCUGCGACCCCGUGUGGAAGGCUCUGUUCGCCCUCAAGGAUGCCCUCCUCUCGCCCUGCUCCUCUGGCGACGACGACCAGCCGCUGGCCGAGUCCUCCAACGCCUCCAACCUCUCCAUCACCUCCUCCAACCUCGCCCUCGACGACCACGUCAUCGAACACGACCUGGGGAUCAGCAACCCGGGCCUCGAAGAUGACGGCUUCACCGACAAGGUCUUGGCCGGGGAUGCGACUCUGCCUGGAGGCGGCGGAGGAGGAUGGCGGCCCAUGCUGCGGUUCCACGACCAGCCCAUCACGAAGGAGCCCCAGGCGGGCGACAGCGGCCACUGGACGGUCGACAACGGCGUCUUCAGCGAAGUGGACCUCGGCGACGGCGGCGACCGAACGGACGGCGUCGGGAUCCCCGGCGCGGAGGGCCGGACGGACUCGCGCAGUACGACCCGCGAGUCCGGCUACGGGCGCUCUCUCGACGACAGCAACGGAUCCUCGUCGCAGGAGCCCUCCGUCAGCGUCGCCUUCCACUCGCGCCCGGACCCUGGUGUGAGUACUCUCCCCUCCCAGUACAUUACGCUGUACAUGUAACACAAAGCCUCGCGCGAAGAACAUGAGGUCAAACGUUUGCGUGAGAUACGCGUUGAAACAGGUCGCCAUGACGAAAUCCGUCCAAGCAAGCAGCGGCAUGAGAAUGCGAAAGGCUGCGUGCGGGAAAUUCCUCAUCCUGUUGCCCAACUGUGUUGUAAAAGCAGCAACCGUUGCCGUGAUGUUUGUUUGGUUACCUACUUCACGUAAAUAAUUUGCUCGAUCACUACUAAUCAUAACAUUUCCUUCCGUUGUCAUUUUCCUAUUUGUGUAUUGAUGAUUCUAUUGAUAUGUCAUUUGUAUUGUUUUUUGUGUAAGAUAAUACAAGAGUACUAGGUAAGUAAUGACAGUGAUGGAGACGAUUCAUAUAAUCAUAAAGGGAUUAUAUAAUG